GUUCAAUCACCUGCUCUCUCCCUCGGCUCGACGGACCAAUAGAUAGGAGAUCGCUUGGGGAGACUAUCGCCAAGUUUGGCUGCUGCGCAAGGGCUGCUGUUUUUUUAUCUUCUCCCUCUCUCUCUCUUUGGUGACUUUCUUCUGCAAGGGGCGGGGAGUCCGCGCCGCCUGCAGGAGCGCCCGGCUGCGAUGGAGGAGGCAUUGGAGCAGCCGCGCUGGCUGCUUAGCUCAGCAGGGCAGGAGCCCCCGCUCCAGUUUGUGGACGAGAUGGCGCUGACCGCCAGCAGCGGAGACGGUGAUGCCUUCUACAGCCCAGCCGAAGCCGAGGGCGGCACCAUGGCCCCCUACUACGCCAGCCCGGCGCACGGGCGCUCCGCGGGAGGCUACCGGCACGGCCGCCAGGUCUUCCCACCCCAUUUGCUCAACAGCAUGUCGUGGAUGGAGAGCGGGCAGGCGAUGGGUCACCCGUACUCGGGGGCCUGGCAGGCGAUGGGGGUCUACAGCAAGGCGCCCCUCCCGCUGUACCAGACCCCCUCGGCCCUGUCCUCCCCCCACCCGAGCCAGCACCUCUACGGCUUCCCGGUCACCCAGCUGAAGGAAGACCCCCCCGCCGAGCUCUCCCCAGCGCUGGCCGGCCGAGACGGCAAGGAGAGUCCCAGGCAGCAGGAUGGCCUGAAGGUGGAGCGAGCCAGCCCCCUCAACCCCAGCCUGAUGCCCCUGGGGCAAGAGCCGCAGCUGGGGUUAGCCAACUCCCCCUUCACCUCUGCCUCCUCGCUCUACAACGGCGCCCUGUUCCACUCGCCUGGGGGAUACCACCCCGAGGGAUGCCUCCCCCAGCAGAAGCACAAGAUCCCCCUCUCCCUGACCGAGGCCCGGGAAUGCGUGAACUGCGGGGCGACCACCACCCCUCUGUGGCGACGGGACGGGACCGGCCACUACCUGUGCAACGCUUGUGGCCUCUAUCACAAAAUGAACGGGCAGAACCGGCCGCUCAUCCGGCCCAAGAAACGACUGAUCGUCAGCAAGCGAGCGGGGACACAGUGCGCCAACUGCCACACCAGCACCACUACACUGUGGAGACGCAACAUCAGCGGGGACCCCGUCUGCAACGCCUGCGGCCUGUACUACAAGCUGCACAAUGUGAACCGUCCUUUGGCUAUGAAGAAGGACGGGAUCCAGACCCGCAACAGGAAGGUCUCUAACAAGUCCAAGAAGGCCCGGAAGGUUCCAGAGACGUUCGGCGAGCUGCCCAAGGAUUUCGGCGAGGACAUGCACCCCCUCACCCUGGGCUCCCCUGCCUACCAGAGCCACCUGACCUCGGUCAGCCACGUCAUGCCCUACAGCCACUCGCCCCAGGUGGCCACCCACUCCGUCCUGCACCCGCAGCCCAGCCUGACCUUCGCUGGCGCCAGCACCGUCCCCACCAGCAUGGUGCCCGCGCUCAGCUAAGGCCCCAUCGCCCUGGCGGUGCCUGGUGAGCCUCCCACCAGUUGUCCCCACAUCUCCUCCUCCCUCGGGGUCCGAGGGGCGGCCUCGCUUCCUGGAUCCCGGCCCCGUGUACAUACGUCCUCGCCUCCUUCCUCUCUCUGCCCCUCUCUAUCCCUGUCCCCCUCUCUAUCUUCUCACUCCCUCUCUCCCUCCCCCCCCCCCCCCCCCCCCGGCCAGUGAUGUUCACUCCCACUCCGAGAUGGGGCGACCCUCAAAGGUCAGCGGGAGGUUGUCCACGGACCCCCGCGUUGAGCAUCUUGAUGAGCGCGUGCGAGGUUUGGGUGGGGGGUGGGGAGAGGGAGUUGCCCGGACCCCCCGGGUCCUCGUGGGACCCGGCCACUGACUCCCUGCCCUUCCUGGUCUGAAAUACUUAUCGGAUCAGAUCCAACCUCCUCUAUCCCCGGGAUUUCCCCCAUCGGUACCUUCUCGAAAAGCCUUUCCCGUCUCACUGGGGGUGGACAGUGUCUCUUGAAAGGCUUAACAAGCUCACUCUCCCCACUCACAUCUCCCCCCCGACCGUGUGCGACCUAUAAGCCUCCUCUUGGCCUUCCCCCCCGGGAUUCCCCUGUGCUGUUAGAACACAAAACAACCCUUCAUAAGUCUCAGUGUUAAUCAUCACCCACCCACCCCUGAAGCCCCCUCGAUGCCUCUCGUUAACCCCCCGUCACAACACAUCAUCUCUGCAGAUGUCGCAACCUUGCCCUGUAAUGUCGCUGAAAUGUAUGAACAGGAGGGAGCAGAGGCCACACCCCUUCCAGGUCCCGUAAAACAGCCUUUCUCUCAUCCUGUUACCCAUCCAGUUUCCUAUCCAUACUGCUCUGCUCUCUCUUCUUGUCCCGUGUAGUAUAUUGGCACCUCAAGGUGGUGGUCCGGGUCCUUUCCCCCACCCCCACCUCCCCCCGCCUCCACAGCUAUAUUUUGAUCGCUGUUCCCAAGAUGCUCCCCCCCCCCCCCCCCCCCCCAGUGCUUACCAGAUACUGCUCCACAUGGCCUGGUUUAUCUCCCAGGACUAACUCCAUCCCCAAGGGCCCAGAAACAUAUGGAGCAGGGUUGGGCUCACCUCAGCCUGCCUUCCUUUAUCCCUCGUGUCGCUCCUUCUCUCAUUUUAUUGUCACCCCACCCAUGUCAAAGUCAAGUUUAUUGUCAGAUGCACAGGUCCGUGUGUGCACGGGUGCAAAGAAAAACUUCCCUGCAGCAGCAUCACGGGCACACAGCAUCAGAUAAGCAGCAUUCACAAGAAAAACAUACAUUCAGCAUAAAUUGUACACAAUUUUUACAAGGAAGAACACAACAAAAGAAGUCUAUUGUAGUGUAAAGUGGUCCCAGUGUCGCUGCACUGAGGCAGUGAUCAGGGUCGUGCUGGUCGGUUCAAGAACCGAAUGGUUGAAGGGAAGUAGCUGUUCCUGAACCUGGUGGUGUGGGGACUUCAGGCUUCUGUACCUCCAGCCUCGGGAGGUUCCUGGCUGAUUUGCUUCACGAUAUCUUUCCCUGCAGUUGCGCUGCAGACAGAUCACCGCUGUGUGUUUUUUCAUAAAAAGAUUCUGGUCUUGAUCUCUCUCUCUUCAGCUGUACAAUGAAGACGCCCUUUUUUCCCUGCAUCCAUUUUCCCUGUCCAUGAUGUCGCAGUUGUACAAGGCGUUGGUGAGGCCACAUCUGGAGUAUUGUGUCCAGUUUUGGUCGCCCUGCUGUAGGAAAGAUGCCAGUAAGCUGGAAGGAGCACAGAGGGAGAUUUACGAGGAUGUUGCCGGGACUCGAGGGACUGAGUUAUGGAGAGAGGUCGGGACUUUAUUGAUCGGUGUGUGGAGGUGACCUUACACAGGUGUCUAAAAUCAUGAGGGGCGUAGCCAGGGUGAAUGCGCACACUCUGUUUCCCAGGGUUGGGGAAUCAAGAACUAGAGGGCACAGGUUUAAGGUAAGAGGGGAGGGAUUUCAUAGGAACCUGAGGGGCAACCUCUUCACCCAGAGGGUGGUGAGUACAUGGAACGAGCUGCCAGGGGAAGUGGGUGAGGCAGGUACAUUAACAGCAUUGGACAGGUCCAUGGAUGGGAAAGGUUCAGAGGGAUACGGGGUAAACACGGGCAAGUGGGACCGGCUUAGACAGGAAUCUCGGUCGGCACGGACCAGUUGGGCCAAAGGGCCUGUUUCCAUCCUGUGUGACUCUAUGAUUCAAUCCACCGCGUAUCCGUCAAUAGGCGGAACCCAGGCCAGCUAAACUUUAAGACGCGUCAUCCUUGUACCUUGUGGUGAAUUACGUGUUUAACUCAGGAAACUGGCGCAAUGCGUCCCUGCGUGCACACAGGGAACCUGUCAGCAGCCUCCGCAGCCUCUCUCUCCCACUGCUUCCACCUGAAGACCUCAGUGCUCCUCUCCCAUUGCCCUGAAUCUCUUCCAGUCUCCUGUCAACGUUUGCCCCGACUGCCUGGAUCACACCCCACCUCCCACACCGUGCCAAAGCAGUAGCACAAGUGACGUAUGUGUGUGGGGAGAUCUACAGACCCCCCAACCAGCACCCCCCUCCACUCCCCCACCCCGCCGGCUCUCCCCGAGACUGUGGGAUGCCCCAGGACCCUGACUGCCCCCCCCCAGGGUCUGGUUUACCCAGCCGCAGUGAAACAACCUGGGUUCUGGCCCAACUCCCUGUGACACCAGGGGAACAAACUAACACCCCGCCUUCCCACCCCACCCCCCGAUCCCCACCUCCUCCAAUCCUCAACCCCUCCCCUCCUAUCCCCGCCUCCUCCAAUCCCACCCCCUCCGAUCCCCACCCACCAAACCCUCCUCUCUACCCUCCCAUCCACCCCUCUCCUCCAACCCCCCUCUCCCGCACUCCCCCAGCCCCCUCCCCACUCUCCCUCUCCCCCAACCACCGCCGUUCCCCCUCCUGUCUGCCCCCCCACCCACCACCCCCGGGCUCCUCAGUGGGACCCCCUCCCAUGUCCGACCCCCUCCCUGUAUAUUUAUGUAUUCCAGUGCAGAAUAAAAC